AUGGUUGAAAUCGACCUCAAAUGUCAUGUUUUCAGCGGCAGGAAUACGAAUGCUAUGAUCGUGUGUACUUGGACAGUAUCCCUAUCACUGAUCAUUCUCAUAAAUUUAUACGUGGAUUGCUCAUUUAUGUACAACAUUCUGCUGUACACUUUCACGUUCGUAGCAAAUAAGAAUGGAACUUGCUUUGCGCGUGAUGUCUACUCUACAAAAGAUCUGAGUAUUCUUGCCAUUACAAGCUUGGUCGACUUUGCGACUAUAGUGGCAGUGAGGCGGACUGCGAAAGCUGCUAAGAAUAUGAGUCGUGAGGUAUAUGCAAAACGUUUAAAGGAACUCAACCUUUUGAAGCAGGCUGUUGCACAGGCAGCUAUCUUUGCAGCGCAGAUAUUAUGCGUAGCCUUCUUGGCUAGGAGGUUUGAUAACAAAUGGAUGAAAUGGUCAUUAACGGCUGUUGCUUGGAAUGUGUUGCAUCUAGUUGAUCCGCUUAUCAUCAUAGCUUUCAACAAGGACUUCCGAAAGCUGUUGCGGCCGACAAAGGUUCAACCACCUAAGUCUACGGCAUUCCAAUCUGCAAUUUUUCAUUCGCGACAAACAGCUACAUUUUGAUUUUGUUUGCAAUUAUCAUUCUGUUCAGGGAUUAUUCUUUGAAGCAGAAUUUGUAUAAUAAAUGGAUUGCUUAGC